GCCGCCCUCUGCUACCGCCGUUGUCUUCGCUGCCGUUUUAUAUGCCUAGCGAAAAGAAAAGAAAAACUGGUUGAUCAACGCUGAAGGGUAAAAAUCUCCAAAAGCACCAGUGACGAUACGGUAAAAAUUCGAGUUCUAAUAGAUGAGACCUCUUAGACGAAGCCAGCUGACUUCCUCUUCUUCUCCGAACUCGACCUCAUCGUCUUCGUCUUCUUCGUCGUCGUGGAUUCAUUUGCGUUCGGUUCUUUUUGUCGUUACUUCUUCUUCGCCGGCUUCCUGUUCUUCCUCUGAUCGUGUUCGACUCAAAUCACCCUGGUCUCGCCGCCGAAAGAAACGUGCCCUUUCACCACAGCAGUGGAGAGAUUUCUUUACACCAGACGGUAGACUACGCGAUGGUGGAGUGAAGUUCUUGAAGAAAGUUCGCAGUAGAGGUGUUGACCGAAGUAUUAGGGCUGAGGUCUGGCCCUUCAUCCUUGGAGUCUAUGAUUUAAACAGUUCCAAAGAAGAAAGAAAUGCCAUUAGAACUCAGAAAAGGAAAGAAUAUGAAAAACUACGGAGAGAUUGUCGGCGGCUCUUAAAACACAGCAGUGGAAGUUCUAAGUUAACUGAAAUAGGCGGAACUUGUCAAAAUGGAGACAGUGGAAGUCUUAUCCGGGAGACAAAUGCAUCUAGCUCCGAAGAUGUGGUUAGUGCUAGAGAAUCUCUGUCUAGUGAGGAAAGGAGUCCAGAUGCUGAAUACUCAGAUGAAGCAUCCAGUACACUGUUGCAAGGAGAUGACAGUUCAAGAAGAAUAACAAAUGCUGAUGUGUCAGCACUAAACAGUGAGUCAUCAGACUCUGACUCCUCAGAAGACCCCGAAGUGAUUCAGGGUUCCCCCUCUUUGUACAGCAGGGAGGGUAAUGAUCCUAACAUGUCUUCUAAAAGGAAUGUUUCUUCCUCAAGCACUGAAGGGUUAUCUGAACUACGUGCUGCUGAAGAUUUUUCCACCUGGAAACGCAUCAUUCGUGUGGAUGCCGUUCGUGCCAAUGCUGAAUGGAUGCCAUACUAUGCUUGUCAAGUUGCCAUAUCAGAAGGGAGGGCACGUCGUUCAGCUGAGGCUGUUGGGUUAAAGGAUUAUGAUCACCUGGAGCCCUACAGAAUUUUCCAUGCUGCGCGUUUGGUUGCUAUCCUUGAAGCUUAUGCGGUUUAUGACCCUGAAAUUGGCUACUGCCAGGGAAUGAGUGAUCUCCUUUCUCCAAUAAUUUCUGUCAUCCCCGAGGAUUAUGAGGCAUUCUGGUGUUUUGUAGGCUUCAUGAAGAAAGCUCGACAUAAUUUUAGGCUGGAUGAGGUGGGAAUCAGAAGGCAACUUAAUAUUGUUUCCAAGAUAAUCAAAUGCAAGAACUCUCACCUCUACAGGCAUUUGGAGAAGCUCCAGGCUGAGGAUUGCUUUUUUGUUUAUAGGAUGGUGGUGGUACUAUUUAGAAGGGAAUUGACAUUUGAACAGACAAUUUGCCUUUGGGAGGUCAUGUGGGCAGAUCAGGCAGCCAUUAGAGCUGGGAUAGGGAAGUCGGCCUGGAGCAAAAUAAGACAGAGGGCACCCCCUACAGAUGAUUUAUUGCUUUAUGCGAUUGCAGCAUUAGUGUUGCAGAGGAGGAAAUUGAUCAUAGAGAAGUACAGCAGCAUGGACGAGAUUUUAAGGGAGUGCAAUAGUAUGUCGGGACAACUGGACGUAUGGAAACUCCUAAGUGAUGCUCAUGACUUGGUUGUGAAUCUUCAUGACAAGAUAGAGUCAUCCUUUUGAUCAUCGCCA